AUGGCAGCAUUCCGGAAACAAAAAAGAGCAACAGAGAAGCUAGGGGAGAUCGAUGACAACAGUGAAAACGAUGUUGUACCCACUUCAGGAAUCAGUAGACCACUCUCUGAAGUACUCAAAGAACUCAACAAAAAGGUCCCUGAGACUCUUGUUAGUCAGCGUACUGAGGAUGGGUUUUCUAUCAAAUAUGUACCUUGGCAUAUUGUUAACAGGAUUAUGAAUUUGCAUGCUCCAGAAUGGUCAGGUGAGGUUCGAAACAUCACUUAUUCAGCUGAUGGCAAGUCCGUAUCUGUUGUUUAUCGUGUGACAAUCUACGGGACUGAUGCUGAGUCUCUUUUGCUUAAACCAGAGGUUGUAGUUGUGAAAGGCACAGAGCCCUUCUAA